GACUCCUUUCUCCUCGUCCUCCUCCUGUAUAUACCUACGCCCUCCAGUGCCAACUGAUCUCUCUUCAUCCCCUCACCCUGACCCUGCACUGCACCUCGCGAUCUCGAUCGAUAGAGCUCUUCAAUUGCUCUUCCAUACAUACACAGAGUAGCUCGCUAGCCAGCUCGAUCAUCUUGCUGAUCAUAUCGCCAAGAACAUAUAUAGUGGGAGAAGGGAUCGAUCGAGAUCUAAUUAAUUGAUCAUCUCUGAGGUAGAAAGAAGUGGUGGUGGUGGUGGUGAUCAUUCGUGCGCGCGUAUGGACUCCAUGGAAUCAUGCGUCCCCCCUGGGUUCAGGUUCCACCCCACGGACGAGGAGCUCGUCGGCUACUACCUCCGCAAGAAAGUGGCCUCCCAGAAGAUCGACCUCGACGUCAUCCGCGACAUCGAUCUCUACCGCAUCGAGCCCUGGGAUCUCACAGAGCACUGUGGGAUCGGGUACGAGGAGCAGAGCGAGUGGUACUUCUUCAGCUUCAAGGACCGCAAGUACCCGACGGGGACGAGGACGAACAGGGCGACAAUGGCGGGGUUCUGGAAGGCGACCGGGAGGGACAAGGCGGUGCAUGAGAGGAGCAGGCUCAUCGGCAUGAGGAAGACGCUCGUCUUCUACAAGGGCAGGGCGCCCAACGGGCAGAAGACCGACUGGAUCAUGCACGAGUACCGCCUUGAGACCGACGAGAACGCGCCUCCGCAGGAAGAAGGAUGGGUGGUGUGCAGGGCGUUCAAGAAGAGGGCAGCGUAUCCGAGCCGGGGCAUGGGCAUGGCCAUGGCGGAGAGAUGGGACUCCAACUACUCCAGCUCCCCCUACCACGACGCCGCCAGCGGCAUGGCCGCGGCGUUCGCGGAUCACCCGGCAUCUUACGCGAGGAGCGCGCGCUUCAAGGCCGAGGAUGACGGCGCCGCGCAGCUCCUCCGGUACACCAGCAGCCACCUCGUCGAGCUCCCGCAGCUCGAGAGCCCGUCCGCAAUGCCGCCGGCGCUCCCGCCGGCCACGAAGAAGAAGACGAAGAAUGGCCGUAAAUUGCCGGAGGAGCAGGAGGAUCGGGAUCAGGACGAGGCCGGCGGCGGCAUGGUGACCGCGGACUGGAGAGCGCUGGACAAGUUCGUCGCGUCGCAGCUCAGCCCCGGCGGCGCUCAGCUGGACCAGGCGCCGCCACCGGCCGGUGCGAGCUCGCAGUCGGCGCAGCCGGAGUUGGAGCGUGAGCGUGAGGAUCAGGAUGACAUGGCGGCGCUGCUGUUCCUCAACAACGACGAGAGGGACGAGAUGGAGAGGUGGACGGGCUUGCUCGCCUCGGCAUCGGGCGCCGGCGCCGGAGGGGACGGCGACCUCGGGAUCUGCGUCUUUGACAAAUGAAGUGCACAUGGUGAAUUGCUGAUGCUGUGGAAUAUAUAUGGUCGUUAUAGCAGCUGAAAUCAAGUUCUAUAUAAAUCGUCCUCUCAUAUUUUCUUCUGAUCUGCUUCUUUUGUUGUAUGUGUCUCCGGGUGCCCGGCCACCAAAAUGUGAUUGUACCUUUUUAUAUAUCUGUUCCUGUGCAGAGAGUCUCAUAUAAGAUGCAUGCGUGGCAUCGCGAUGUGCUUUUUGUUGAUU